GGGGUCCUGCGCGCCCGGAAACACGUGUGUGCUCACCUACGUGUACGCACGUGAGCGCACCUACAGCAGCAGGGGGCGCUCGGGCCGGCAGGGGGCAGCACAAGCCCGGCGCAGCCCCGGGGGAGGAGGGCGUGCUGCAGUGCCGGCGGCAGCGGCGGCGGCGGCUGGAGGUGCAGCCCUCCCAGGUGGGAGGCGGGGGCUGCGGGCGCAGGAAAAGGCGCCCCGGGAGCGGGCGCUCGGCGUGGGCCUCCUCGGGCCAGGCGCGGCGCGAGUGAGAGCGAGAGCGCCGGGAGCACGCAGGCGCUUUGCUCCGGCUGGCCCUUCGGCCGGCGCGCGGCGCGGGAGCAGCCCGCAGCCGGGUCCCCCCGCGGCGCUCUUCGCGGGGCAGCGGCCACGCAGCAGCCGGCACCGACCGACCGCCCCGAGCGCGCGGCGGCGACAGCAGCGGGACCGUCCCCCGGGCCGCCCGUGCGCGCUCUCUCCCGCGCCGCUACUCUCGGCGGGCGCUGGCCGGGCCGACGCGUCCCGCGGGCGGCCGGAGCGCGGCCUCGGCCUCGGCUGGGGCGGGAGCGAGCCCCGGGCCGCAGCCCGCGGGAGGCGGCGCGGCGCGGCGGGCACUGACGGCGGCGCCGGGCGCUCCCGGGCGGCGGCGCCGCGGCAGCGCAGGGGGCGGAGGCAGGGGGCGCCCCCGGCCAGGAUGCUGCGGUUCCUGCGCCGGACCUUUGGCCGCCGCUCCAUGCAGCGCUACGCGCGGGGCGCGGCGGGGCGCGGGGCCGCCGGGCUGGGGGACGAGCGCGACGGGGGGCCGCGAGGGGGCCCGGCUGCCGCCGCCAGCUCCUCGGUGCUGCCCGCCGCGCCCGGGGGCAGCGUGUUCCCGGCCGGCGGCGGGCCCCUGCUCACGGGCGGCGCGGCUGUGCACAUCUCCGCCUCAGGAGCUGCCAAGGCCACCCUUUACUGCCGUGUCUUCCUGCUCGACGGAACUGAAGUGAGCGUGGACCUGCCGAAACACGCCAAAGGCCAGGAUUUGUUCGACCAGAUUGUGUACCACUUGGACCUGGUGGAAACAGAUUAUUUUGGUCUGCAGUUCCUCGACUCCGCCCAGGUCACGCACUGGCUGGACCACUCGAAACCUAUAAAGAAACAGAUGAAAGUUGGACCUGCCUAUGCUUUGCACUUUCGAGUCAAAUACUAUUCUUCAGAACCAAACAACCUUCGAGAGGAAUUUACAAGGUACCUGUUUGUUUUACAACUCAGGCAUGACAUUCUUUCUGGAAAACUGAAGUGCCCCUAUGAAACGGCCGUGGAACUAGCUGCCCUCUGUCUGCAAGCGGAGCUAGGAGAGUGUGAGCUCCCGGAACACACACCUGAGCUUGUGUCUGAGUUUCGGUUCAUCCCAAAUCAGACAGAAGCCAUGGAGUUCGAUAUCUUCCAGAGAUGGAAAGAGUACAGGGGAAAGAGCCCUGCCCAGGCGGAACUCUCCUAUCUGAACAAAGCGAAGUGGCUGGAAAUGUAUGGGGUGGACAUGCAUGUCGUCAGGGGAAGAGAUGGCUGUGAAUAUUCUCUUGGACUGACCCCGACAGGCAUAUUAAUCUUUGAAGGAGCUAACAAAAUAGGCUUAUUCUUUUGGCCUAAGAUCACCAAAAUGGACUUUAAAAAGAGCAAACUGACCCUCGUAGUAGUGGAGGAUGAUGACCAGGGGCGUGAGCAGGAGCACACCUUCGUGUUCAGGCUGGACAGUGCGCGCACCUGCAAGCACUUGUGGAAGUGUGCCGUGGAACACCAUGCCUUCUUCCGUCUGCGCACACCCAGCAACAGCAAAUCCACCCGAUCGGACUUCAUCCGCCUGGGUUCCCGCUUCCGGUUCAGUGGACGGACGGAAUAUCAAGCUACGCACGGCUCCAGAUUGCGAAGAACCAGCACCUUUGAGAGGAAGCCUAGCAAACGUUACCCAUCCCGGCGACAUUCCACAUUCAAAGCGAGCAACCCAGUGAUUGCUGCUCAGCUCUGCUCUAAAACAAAUCCUGAAAUCCAUAAUUACCAGCCUCAGUACCAUCCUGAUGUCCACCCCAGCCAGCCCCGGUGGCGCCCUCACUCUCCAAAUGUCAGCUACCCGCUCCCGUCCCCAGUGCUCAGCCCUACAGAAAGGCUGCCUUUCAGCCUCGAGGAGAACGGGGGCACACCAUUUGCCCCCAAAGCUUCAGGGAGGCAUCACCACCAGCAUCAGCACCAACACCAGCACCACUCCAGCUACGGCCUUUCGCUGACCCUGGAGAAUAAGGAGGCACCGCUGAGGUCCCCGAACUCUAGCAAGGCCCUCACCAAACUGAGUCCAGGAGCGCCUGCCCUGUACAGCGAAGCGGCUGCCCAUCUGAAGAAGCUGGAGCUGGAGACGGUGAAGGCUGUGGGACCCUGGCCUGCCCUGCACAUCAACAUAAACAAGGCCGAGGAAAAGAAGGUUUCAGAGAAGACCCUUCAGACCCCGCUGCUGCCUUCGCCGGUGGCAGAUCACGUGAAGUGUAACAUUUUGAAAGCACAGCUGGAGAAUGCCUCUCGUGUGAAUGCCCAGAUUGGAAAAGAGGAGCCCUCAUUUGUAAAUAUCAAUAAGAAAUCGAGUCUCCAGGACACCAAUGUCAGAAGCCCCAUUCCUAUCCGUGUGGAAGCUGCCCAGCCAACUGUGGAGAAGCCGGAAAUCAAGCCUCCAAGAGUGAGGAGGUUAACGAGGCAGUAUAGUUUCGAUGAAGAUGACCUCCCUCCAGACCUUGCUGAGGCAGUGGGAGCCACCACAGCCACAACCACAAACACCACGAUGUCUGCCACUCAAGUUACGGUGUCGCUGGCGUCCCCCAAAAUCCAGAAAGUCAGCUCGCCUCAGAAGUCAGAAGUCAAGAGCCCACUGUCCCCAGGGGCCAAGAGUCCCUCUGACCAUGGAGGCACCUUUACCCUGGGGCCAGGCGACUUGCUAAUGGACUUUACAGAAGCCACUCCUCUGAUAAAAACAUUCCCGGCAGAACCAAUGAUGAACCCGUUUCCUGAUCCCUUUACCACAGGACCACAGUUCCCUGCAGACUUUAGAGAGAACAAAUUACAGUGCUGUCCCGGCCAGUCUUCCCCGUUGAUUCCAACAGCGACCCUGCGGCCACUGACAGAGACUGUGGCCACAGUACAGACCAUCUACACCUCCCGGAAGCCGGUCUCUCUGGCAGCCAGUGCGGAGACUCUCCGGCAGGAACUGGAAAGAGAGAAGAUGAUGAAAAGAUUGCUGAUGACCGAACUGUGACACUCCACCUUUGCUGCCUGGAGAUGGCAUGGUGCCUUCGUCCACUUCCUUUCCUCGGGCUCGGUGGUGUGCUGACUGCGGCACGACAUACAGAUGUGUGCUCUGUUCGCCCAGGUCUCCAGGGUUAGCGGAAGCCAGCUUCCGGCUUGACUUCAUUGGGAAAGUUAUUUUACGUCUCCUGAGCAAGAGAGGUUUUUCUACUGCUCAAAGCAGUGGAGACAAGGUUUGGUAGGAAGUUUCCAGAAGAAAGGGGAUUUCUAUUCAGAGGUACCUGUGUGUAUCUGUUAGUAACCCCAGGGACUAACAAGCACAGAAUCCUCUGCUUACACUCUCAACGGUGUGACUUUUUUAUGGUUAACAUUUGCAACAAGCUUUGGCUGUUUGUUAAAUGGGUCAUUUUAUGAGAGAAUAAUUCCUUACUGCUGGUUUUCCAUUUACACUGAAUAAUACACAGAUCUUAUAAAGUUAUUUAUUUUUAUUCAGAUAUGACUAGAUGAAUGGGGAAAAGUUACAUAUUAUACAACUGAAAAUACUUCAGCUUAACCUGAAAUACAAUUGAAUGUGUGAACUUGGGAUAAAUGGAAUUUAUCUUUGAGGCCCAUAUAGGAAAUUCUAACUUACAUUGUCAAAAAAAAAAAAUCUUUACAGGGUCAAGAUGAUUCAGUAUCAGGUAUAUUCAUUUGGCUUUCCAUAAAGACAAAUUACUUCUAAAUUCCAUCCACUCUAACCAUGUUGAUAAGACCUGACCCAGAAGAAACUUAACUCCCUUUUUCUAUAGUUUCAAGAAAUGUGUUUUUAAAUUUUUAUUAUGCACUUGAAUAACUUUGCAGGAGUUAAGAAACCCCUACCCAUAGCUAGCUCAAAAGUUUUCCUGCUUCUCACAGAUAUGCUGUUUUUACAUAGCUGUGCUCAGCGCUGACAUUCCUUUUGUUAUAUUUCUUUACCUAACACAUCUCCUUAUUAGACAGACACUUUCACUAACUUAAAUGUCUUUAUAUUCACAUGACACAGUUAACCUCACUUCUCCCAUUGAUAGAUUUUGAGUUAUAUUCAAAUUUUCACACUUAUAAAUAGUGCUGCUAUGAAUGUCUUUGUAAAAAAAAAUAUAUAAAUAAAUAAAUAUAUAUAUAUAAUCCUUCUCUUGGAUUAUUCCCUCCGGAAUAUCUCCAAAGAGGGAUUACAAGGUCAGAGAGCAUGAAGUAUUUUAUAGCUCUUGUUUUAUAUUGCCAGAUUGCUUUCUAGAAAGAUCCAGUCUUUGGAUUGGAAGAACUUUAAAGGUCAUCUCAUUUAAACUUCCCCUCCUCUGAAUGCUUGAAUUCCCUCUAAAAUUUAUAAUGCCACCAGCAAUGUAUAAGCAUUUCUAUUUACCAAUAGCUCUGCCAGUACUGGGUUUCGCUAUUCUAAUUUAUUUUUUUGCUAGUUUAAUAGAUGUGUAUAGUUAGUCUUGAGAAGCUGUCUUAUUUGAUGAACUGCUAGCAAGGCUGAACACUUCUCCGUGUGAUGGGUUACACACUGUGUUUUCUUGUAUGUAAACCGUCCACAUCCAUUUCUUAUGACUGCUUGUUCAAUGGAACUGAUCUCGUACCUUUGUAUCAGAAGUGUAUUUUUAUGUUGUAUUGUAGUUUGCCUUCUCCCUACCCCUACAAAUGAAUGGUGCCAAUAAUUUGAUACUAAUGACUAUAAAAAUUGCCUCACUGACUAGCGUUGAUGCAAAUGAGGUAUGUAAACAGGUAUUCGGAUAACCAAGGAGUAACCUUUUAAGGACUGACUCUUUACAAUUUAAUAUUUUUCUUUUUGAGAGAACUCUUUAUAGGAUGUAUGGCACAUUUCCCUGCCUUAGUGCUCAGAGCAUCCUGAAGGGUCUUCAGCCCUUUCCUGAUGAAUCCUGGCUGUCAGUACACAUAUCACCCCCUCCUGUAUCCUGGUGUGGUACAGAAAAUGUCAGGAGGAGCUAUCAACAUGUACAGGGCUUGCUGUGACCUUACAUAGCCAUGCCCCUCUCCUCAUCAAUAGUUCUUUACUGUUCUGCUGUUUCUGUGGAGCUGUCUGGGGAAAGUGUAGUGGUGGGUGGCUGCUUUUCCCCCACACAGCCCCUAGGUGUACUAGCAAAUAUGGCUUUGGCUGUCCUCUAUCAUGUGCACGUGACACAAGCCAUGUUCCUAUAGAACAAGGGGUUAUCACCUCCGGCCAACCCAGCAGCUGCUUCCUCUUCUGAGCUGCUCUCUGCAGGGUUCACUCCUCCCCCCUGCUCUCUGAUGGAAACCUCCAGGACACAGAAGAAGGUUUCUGGAGUGGUCAGGACACGCGUGUAUCCCUCAUGUAUGACUUGCUUUGUUUCUAAGGAGGGGUGCAUGGAGGUUUCAGCUGCUGAGUUCAGGAGGCUUACAAGCUCCUACAUUGCCCCCCACCUCUCCCUUGGGUUCACAAGAGUCUCAGUGGGUGGACAUCACUGCAAACCUGAGCACAAACAUGCGGGUUGCCAUUGUAUGUGAAAACCCAGAACCACUGGCAGUUCAUCCCAACCAGAUGUUGGGAUAAAAUCCUCAUAUUGCUACAGUGGCCAUUAUCUUUUACCUACUUAAAUGUAUGGUGGGUGCUGAGAUGGUGAAGCUGCUCUGGGCGAGCUCACAAUGACUAUAAGGAGUUGUGCAAUUAUUACCUUCUUUGUCUACUUUAGACCCAAACAACAGCACUAGAAGGUAACACAACACCUACUGUGGACUCAAGAGGAGAGGAGAGAGUCCGCUAACCUAAUCAUUACAGAGCUAGGACUCCAAACCGUGGCCUCAGACUCCUAUUUGGGAAGUCAUGGUAUGUCACUGCAGAGGUCUGGUACCCCCUCAACCGAUAGAGUUGACAGAUUAGGGACAGCACAGAUCUUUAGGUAUGAAAAAGGAAGCAUUUAGCAUUCAGAAAUUCCCACCAGGGUGCAUCUGGAAUUUUAUUUCCCAAAGAGCACAGGAAGAUUCUGAUAUCGUUGUUACCAUUCACCAUUUCACAGCUCACAGACCUUUUAAAGUCUUUGAAUAAACCCACCAUUUUAAUGAUUUUAAAGUGUGCACUUCAGUAUCUUCCAGCGUGUCCAUGAUGCUGGGCAAACAUCAUCUGACUCAUAACUCUGCCCCUUCCCUAGCAACCACUAGCCACUCCCUACCCUGGCCUGUAGGUUUCUGAUUAUGAAUUUGCUUAUUCCGGACACUUCCUAUAUCUGGAAUCAUAUAGUAUGUGAGCUUCUGUGAUCAGCUUCUCUCAUUUAACGGUGUUUUCAAGGUUCAUAUAUGUUAUAGCAUGUAUCAGAACUUCAUUCUGUCUUUGUGACUGAAUAAUGGAGAAGAUGGGGAUACCAUGUUUUGUUUAUCUAUUUAUUCAGUUGGCAGAUAUUUGGGUUCCUCCUGGUUUGGGGCUAUUAUGAACGAUAAUUUUAUGAACAUUCAUGCACAAGGUUUUUUGUGUGAACAUAUGUUUUGGGUUCUCUUGGAAUUGCCAGAUCAUAUGGCAACUCUAUAUUUAACUUUCUGAGGGACUUCCAAGAUCACAGCUUUUAUAUCUUAUGAAAUUCAAAGUGAAAAAUGACACACACCAGGCGGUCAGAGGCAGGGCACAUCUGUUCCUGGUUGGAUACUGAAUGGUCGCACUAUUCUGGGGAUGUUUUAUAACAGAAAAAAAAGGGUCCUUUUGAGAAAUUAUUUUGAUGAGAAGAGAAAUAAAGGUUGUCUGUCUUUUAAAAAUGAAAAUGAAA